AUACUGGCUGUCACUUCAGGAUGACCAAGCCCACAAGUCCGCUAUGACCACACCCUCAAGUCCAAGAUGAAGUCGAUGGUGAAACCGGUAGCGCUAACAGACGGCCAGUAGUAACUUACUAACUAAACUUAAAUAUACUUUUUAUGUCAAGAAGACUUGUAACCUCUUAGGAACUUAAAAUGGCCGAAGAAGUGUUAAUUAUGAGUUCAGGCAAAAUAACAUCGCAUCUUACCUCAUCUCUGCUGGCAGUGGCUUUCCUCACCUCGUUUGGUAGCUCAAUGCUCUAUGGAUACAACUUAGCUGUGGUCAACUCUCCUGCUGGGUACAUUAAAGAGUUCUAUAACCGUACAGUGGUAAGUCGGAAUGGAACUGGACUAAACGAGGAGGCCCUAACGCUCAUGUAUUCCCUCACCGUUUCUGUGUUUGCGAUUGGAGGCUUGAUUGGCUCUUUAAUGGUGGGCACACUGGUCACCAGAUUUGGAAGGAAAGGAACAGUGGUCAACUCCACAGCACUGGUGUUUUUGGCGGCGACACUCAUGGGCUUCAGCAGAAUCUGUAGCUCACCUGAAAUGGUCAUCUUUGGCCGUUUUGUGACAGGAAUACACUCAGGUAUCUCUCUUAGUGUGGUGCCCAUGUACCUGGGAGAGAUCGCUCCUAAAAACCUGAGAGGCUUCUUGGGGCUCAUGCCCAGCAUUUUCAUUUGCGCCGGAGUUUUUUUAGCUCAAGUUCUGGGCCUGCAUGAACUUUUGGGAAAGGAGGAGCACUGGCCUUUGUUUCUCUCUCUUGUUGUUGUCCCCACCUUUAUCCAGCUGAUGCUCUUACCGUGGUUUCCAGAAAGUCCUCGCUACCUGUUGAUUGAGAAGCAUAAUGUUCACGCUACUAUCACUGCAUUGAAAUGGUACAGAGCCAAAUGUAACAUCCAGGCAGAGAUAGAGGAGAUGCAGGAGGAGCAGCGCUCUCUGUCCUCAGUAGACACCGUGUCUGUUUGGCAGCUGAUACUGGACCACACUGUUCGCUGGCAGGUCCUGUCUGUGGUGGUCAUCAACAUUGGCAUGCAGCUGUCUGGCAUUGAUGCGAUUUGGUUUUACACCAACGACAUCUUUCAGAACGCUGGAAUCCCGGCCCCUGAGAUCCAGUACACCACUGUAGGAACUGGAGCUAUAGAGAUUGUUGCAGGCCUCGUAGGGUGUUUCACUAUUGAGCGUCUUGGACGAAGGCCAUUGAUAAUUGGAGGUUUUGGUGUCAUGGGAAUGUGUUGUGCUGGGAUAACGUUAUCUCUUAUUCUUCAAACACAUGUUCCUUUUAUGAAAUAUGUGAGUGUGGGGUGUGUGGUUGGGAUUAUCGCUGGAUUCUGCAUUGGGCCUGCGGGAGUUCCGUUCCUGAUCACGGCUGAGCUUUUUAAGCAAUCCCAUCGUCCCGCUGCUUAUACUGUCGGAGGAUCGCUUAACUGGAUGUCCAACUUCACCAUUGGCUUCAUCUUUCCAUUCCUUCAGAUGUCUGCUGGGUCCUACUGCUAUCUGGUGUUCUGCGUCGUGUGUCUUUCAGUGGCCAUCUACGUGUACAUUAUCAUUCCAGAGACAAAAAAUAAGACGUUUGUGGAGAUUAGUCAGAUGUUUGCUACUAAAGAGGCUGUGGAAGAGAGUCAGGCCCUCACUCACCCAGACCAGCUCAAACUGAAGAAGAUGAAUGGAUACGGCUCACUGGAGAAUGGUUCGCUUGAAUUCGAUAGCUCUUCCUCCUGUCCUUAAACUCCUAAAAAAAGAAGAACAACAUGUAGUUUUAAGGUUUAGGAAUUAGAUUGGGGACAUUUGGCUUUAAUGGUCUUUUUUCAUUCUGUGCUUUAAACUUUGCACCAACAUGUAAACUAACUCUCAGAGUAUUGGUAGAAUGUUAGGCUACAUUUUAACACAGCUAACAAAAACUGACUUUGUUUAUACUGACUUUGUUUAGAGUUUUAAAAAAGAUCUCCAUCCACCCUUCGUGACCGAAAAUGCAGGUCAAAAGCUAAAAAUAGCUUUACAAUUAUAGUACAACAUUACAGCUUAUUUAUACAAUUAUUAAGUAAAUCAUUAGUUUUGUUGAGAGACAAAAAAGUAAUCUGUUGGAUAAAUAAUAUCGCAGCAAAUCUUUGACUUUUAUUCAUAAAGAACAAGAUAAAAUCAUAAAAUAUAAGUAACUAUAUUAUUGUAGUAAACAACAUUUUACAUUUUUGAAAUAAACAGGUAUUAAAUAAAACACCAAUUAUAAUAGUAUUUGUUAUAAAUUACAGUUUCCCAGUGAUGGGUUGCCGCUGGAAGGGCAUCCGCUGCGUAAAACAUGUGCUGGAUAAGUUGGCGGUUCAUUCUGCUGUGGCGACCCCUGAUUAAUAAAGGUACUAAGCCGAAAAGAAAAUGAAUGAAUAAAACCACACUAUUAAAUCACGUUGAGAGAAAAAGGUCACAUUUGGCACAAGUUGGCACUAAAUCCUUUAAGUUUUAACAUUAUUCAGAAGAGAAUGAUAUGAAAAUCUUAAAAAAUGUAAAUAUAUAAUAAAUAAACACAAAUUUCAAUGGCAUUCACUAUAAAAACACUCAUUUUUUUAUCUUACAGAUAAGAGUAAGACAUCGCUCAAAAUUGUAAAAACAAAACAUUGUGGCCUUUUAAAAUAAAGAAAUCAAACAAGAUGUGAUUUCUGCCACCUCUGUUUUGAACUUAAGACAUGCUACAAAAAAAUAGCAACCCCGGCUCAAUCUUACAACCAACCGCUAUAUGCAUUUCUGGAGAGCGCCAAAUACGUCCCAGGAGGUACUUUUUUGCAGUUUUUCUUUUUGCAAAUCCACCAGACGCCGCUGUGUAUGCUUUUUGAGAUUUCAAAUAUCUCUCUCGAGUGCCAUUUAUGCCUGCUGUUCUCUCAGAAAUCCACCAGAGGCCGCUGUUGACUGAAUGACUGACUGACUGACUGAUCGACUGACCCAACCUCCUCUUUCCCUAAACCCAACCAAUAGUGUUUUUAAAAGCAAUCCAGACAAAGAAAAUCCCUCGCCUGAUUUUACCACGUUUUCAGAUUUGACCACAUUCUCACUCUGUUAUUUAGAUGUUUAUUUUAUUUUUUGGCUUCUGUUUUUUUCUUGCCUGCUUUUUGGAACCGUUCUACCCAUCGUCGUGGUCAAAUCCUCUCUAUGUCUCAAGUCCGCUGACAUACUGGUACAAACUAGUAACAGCGGGAAAGCCGUCCAUACGGAGGUAAGCGCAAAAAGAAACUGUCAUAUCAUCGCGUAGCGUUCAUUUUAAAGAUGAAAUGCGGCCAUAUGUACUUCUGGCUACAUAAUUCGCGAUCUCCAUAAAUGUAUUUAGGGCUACGUUUUCAGAAUGAGCCUAUGUUGAAAAAUAGACAAAAGUCAGCAUUAUGGUCAUGUGAGAAAGGCUUUAUGAAUCGAAGAAAGAUAUGCAAUGAUCCAGAACAGCUAAUCAGGGUGUAAAUGUAGGGAGCAACUUUUCAAAAAUCUGUAAUCUUUUUAGUUUUCAAACAAAAAAAGAAGCCUGCAGCAACUCCAAAAGUUUUUGUUGGUCACAAAUUCCAGAGUAGUAUGGACACCCAUCACUAGCAAAGGUUAUGCAUUUUAACACAUUAAAACACUAGUGUAAAUGUAGCCUUAGGCUAGGAUUAGGGUUAAUAGGAUAAGUACGUCGUAGAAUGUGUUUGGAGAUCAUCAAAAUAAAGGGUUAGCAGACAGUCUACUAAUACUCUAAUGACUGUUAGCUGACGUGUAGUUGUAAAGUUUCUUAUAGUUACUAUUGUUGACCAUCAAAAUAAAGUGUAUCCAUUAGACUAAACUCCUGAUCUUACCAAUUAUCAUCCAUGCAUUAAACGCCUGACUGAAAGGCACAGUUAA